GGAUCCAGAGGCACUGAGACUGGCAGGAUGGCAAUCCCGACGGCUACUGCUGUGUCAGCCUCGCAGGAGCCGGCCUCCCCCACCAUCGCAAUUGCUAAUGCCGCGGACAUCUCAGUCAUCGUCCUCUACUUCGUGGUGGUCCUGGCAGUUGGUCUGUGGGCCAUGUACUCGACCAACCGUGGAACAGUGGGAGGAUUCUUCUUGGCUGGCCGGAGCAUGGUGUGGUGGCCGAUUGGUGCCUCUCUGUUUGCAAGUAAUAUUGGCAGCGGUCACUUUGUGGGACUGGCUGGGACGGGGGCAGCUUCUGGAAUUGCGAUCGGAGGCUUUGAAUGGAAUGCCCUGGUGGUCGUGGUGAUCCUCGGAUGGAUGUUUGUGCCAAUCUACAUCAAGGCUGGGGUGGUAACCAUGCCGGAGUACCUGAAGAAGCGCUUUGGGGGGAAACGGAUUCAGAUAUACCUCUCGGUCCUGUCUCUGCUCCUGUACAUCUUCACGAAGAUCUCGGCAGAUAUAUUUUCUGGAGCUAUAUUUAUCCAAAUUGCUAUGGGACUGAACAUUUACGUGGCCAUCAUCAUACUGCUGACUAUUACAGCCCUUUACACCAUCACAGGAGGACUGGCCGCCGUGAUCUACACAGACACGCUACAAACCUUCAUCAUGUUGGUGGGAUCCAUCAUUCUGACCGUCUUUGCAUUUAGAGAAGUUGGAGGAUACGAUGGAUUGUUGGAGAAGUACAUGACAGCAAUCCCAUCCAAUAUCUCCUAUGGAAACGUGACCAUCCCUGAACGAUGCUAUGCUCCCCGUCCAGAUGCCUUCCAGCUUUUCCGGGACCCAGUGGAUGGUGACCUCCCUUGGCCUGGACUCAUCUUUGGCUUGAGCAUCCUGGCGUUGUGGUAUUGGUGCACUGACCAGGUAAUUGUCCAACGAUGCCUCUCAGGGAAAAACAUGUCCCACGUCAAGGCUGGCUGCAUCAUGUGUGGCUACUUGAAGCUGCUGCCCAUGUUUCUGAUGGUGAUGCCGGGCAUGAUCAGCCGCAUUCUCUACAAAGAUGAAGUGGCGUGUGUCGUCCCUUCUGUGUGCCUGGCUACUUGUGGGACAGACGUCGGUUGUACAAACAUUGCCUAUCCAACGAUGGUGGUGAAGCUCAUGCCAGACGGACUGCGCGGCCUGAUGCUCUCUGUGAUGCUGGCCUCGCUGAUGAGCUCCCUCACUUCCAUCUUCAACAGUGCCAGCACCCUCUUCACCAUGGACAUCUACACCAAGAUACGCUCCGAAGCCAAGGAGAAGGAGCUCAUGAUUGUCGGCAGGCUCUUCAUCCUGGGCCUGAUCGCCGUCAGCAUCGCCUGGGUGCCUGUGAUCCAGUCGGCGCAAGGCGGGCAGCUCUUUGACUACAUCCAGUCCAUCACGAGCUACCUGGGCCCACCCAUUGCCGCCGUCUUCUUUCUGGCCAUCUUCUGCAAGAGAGUCAAUGAGCAGGGUGCCUUCUGGGGCCUGAUCGUGGGCCUGGUAAUCGGGCUGUGUCGAAUGUUUGUGGAAUUUGCCUAUGGAACUGGCAGCUGUGCUGUGCCCAGCGAAUGCCCAGCGAUCAUCUGUAAAGUGCACUACCUCUAUUUUGCUAUCAUACUUUUCGCUAUCUCCAUCACCGUCACCUUGAUCAUCUCACUCCUGACCAAGCCGAUCGAUGAUGUCCAUCUGUAUCGUCUUUGCUGGACUCUCCGCAACAGUGAAGAACAGCGCGUUGAUCUGGAUGCCGGGGAGGUGGAGCAAGUGGAGGACGACUAUGAGGCAGAGCCAGUCCAAGAUAAAGAGGAAAACUGUUGCAAGAAGGCCUACAACUGGUUCUGUGGCUUGGAGCAGAAGGGCCCCAAGCUGAGCAAGGAAGAGGAGGAAGCUCUGCAGCAUAAGUUAACAGACACAACGGAGGAUCCCUUCUGGAAACGGGUGGUCAAUAUCAAUGCCGUCAUCUUGCUGGCUGUGGCUGUAUUCUGCCAUGGAUUUUUUGCAUAGGUCAAACUUUUUUGUUGUUGUUUCAGAAUGAAGGUCUCAGUCACUAAACUGCACUGUGACAUCAUAAUCUGUAAAUUGCACCUUCUCAGACUUGAAACUUAUUUGGCAGGGGAAUUGUUUAACCCAUCAGGUUAACUGAACAUGUGACUGACCGUGAAGGCAAUUGAUUGGGGGGAGGCAAUGUGGGGCUGCAGCCUCUUCUCAAAGGGGACAGUCCUCAGUGUUUUUGUCCCCAUUUUCAGACUGUGUUAUCAAAGUGUGUGUGUGUGUGUGUGUGUGUGAGUUAGAAAUUCAGCUUUUCAGUUGUUUUUCUCCUCUUGUUUUUUAAAUGUGUGAUUUGUGGGGGGGGAAGUGUGUAAGUUCAGGUGCCUCAAGUAGGCUGACUUUUAUACUGGAUGAAUCUUCACUGGAGGCAGGAUCUUCUCAUUGUACCCCUCUUCUAUUUAAGUUUUGCCUUUAUGGCCCACACUGAACUGUUUCUACCUGUGUUAGAUUUGAAAUUGGGAGUACUUGAACUGUUAUUAUCAAGUCCAGCUAGAACCAGCUUGAAGUUGGUUGAAGGUGGUUUGAAACUCUUUCCUCUGGACCACACAUACUGUCAUCGUCUAU